AAAACCUUAUAUUAUCGCAUCACUAAAUCCAAAUAUUUCAAAAAUUUCACAUAAUAUGUGGUAUGCAGCACCAAACAGCACAAAUUGUGCUGAAGCAGCACAUGCUAUGAGCAAUCGUGAAGGAAAACAACUCAAACUAAUGACAGCGAUAAUAAGGAUUGAUAUAAAAGCCAAUUACAACGUCAAUAUAAGUGGCCAGGAUAAAGGUGGCAUUGCAAGAAAAAAAUUGGCAAUUAAACGUAGUACAAAACGACAAUCUAAAGCUAGCUCCUCAACAAAAAGACAAAAUAAAGAUAUAUUAAUAACUUAA